UAGUCUUUCGGUGCAACGUGUUUCAAGUGGUUCAGAUUCCUUUCCGCUUUGUCGUGUUUUAUCCUCUCGAGUUCAACCAAAACGGAGGCACGUGUGGUUGUGAUGAGCCAUCGCUGUGUGUGGGCGAAUACUGUCGUAUCAACACGUACACCGUCGUUUGCGUGAAGGGGACUUUCGGCUUUUCCUAGCCCGACGAAAGGAAACUAGGAAAGAGUAACAACGGAGACUGAUUUCCGAAGUCGACGUUCGGAAGCACCCGUUUUCCCCGGUGUGUUACUACAUACUUACAAAACAACCGACGUGCGAUCCGUACUUUAGUCUACAAUUGAGUUUUGUAUAGUUAAGUCGUGAUCAUAUACACUUGUUGUUUGUUGUUAUAUUUAAUUAUCUGUCUAUAAGCUGUGUCUGUGUUUUUCGGAAACCGUCACAAGAAGUGGAAGAUCGCGAUUUUUGCGGAAGAAUCUAGGUUGACACCUGAUUCUUCUCCAAGGGGGAGUUCAGAGAGAGUGAAAAUUCUUUCCAGCCUCCUUCCGGCCAAACAGCGAACCGACGACAGCAGUCAAUAAAGCGUUUUUGAACUACACAAGUGCAGGAGAUUCGUCCGCUCAGCUCAGAACGUGUGUUUCCAAGCGAGUCGCGCGAUCCGCCGUUCUCAGACAGAUCGUUUCGAUCUCCACCAGUUUGGUGAUUUUGAAAAAAUUAAAAAAGCAGCAAAAACUUUCCCACCAAGUGGCAAUUUGAAAACAAUUAAAUUUGUGCUUUGCAUAAAAGAAGGCGAAGAAGCAGUGAGUUGUGUUUGAUGAAAUAUCAACCAUCCAGUGCGGGGUAGAAAAAAAAACUUGAAGUGUGCAUCGCGAGUGAAGUGAGUUUACGCCAAAAAAAUAUAAAAAUCUAUAAAUCGUCCUUAGAAAAAAAUAAAAGUUAGUCCAAAGAAGUUGAAACUGUUUCUCGUCUCUACGGUUUGAGCUCAGCAGCAGCAACAGAGAGUAUUUGCGCGUUGAAAAGCGAGGCAAAAUUUAUCGCUCGUUAAAGUAGUGGGUGUCGAAACGGGCGGAAAUUCUGCCGUUCCAACCAAAGCCGAAAGCAGUUCGAAAAGAUUGCACGUGAAGUAAGAGUAAGAAGAAGAAGAAGAAGCUGAGGCAGCAGAAGAGAUCUAGUAUAAAUCAUAAAUACACAUACCGCAAACAAGAAUUCCCGAAACUCCGAGACAUCCCAUCGAAAGAAGUGUGGUGGUGACUGAGUGAGAGAGUGCGGCGAAGAGCUUCGCACACCCCAGAGCCCCUUUCAUCGGUCGGCGGGGGAGAAAACGCAUUCUCUUGUGUGAGUUUAAUCAAUUUAAUAACAUUCACCCGAACCACCCCCUCUCUGUGGGUUAGGAAGAAAAACCGCUCUCUGAUAGAAAACAGAAAAACAUACACACAGUUUUAGUGAAUCGCCAACAGCGAGGAAGAAGAAGUUGAUACCGAAAUAUAGAAAAAAAAAACUCUCGUAGUUCGAUUCGAUCCUGGAGCUCGAAGGAGACGACGAAUAAAGCAGCCGCAAAGCUACUGCUACCACUCCGAGAAAAAAAAAGAAGAACACGCAGAAGAAGCAUCCAAAAGAGAAGCCUGAAGUUAUUCCCAUAUUAAUUUCGGUUCCUGCAAGUGAAUUCAAUACAUUCCAUAUGGUUCACAUGAUAGAAAUCGUUCGUCAAGGGAAAGUUGACUUUCCUCAAGUGAUUAUGAACCGUGCUAUUCAAGUUAAGCCAGCGGAUAGCGAGAACCGCGGUGAUCGAAAGCUUUUCGUUGGCAUGCUUAGCAAGCAGCAAACCGAGGAGGAUGUAAGACAGUUGUUUAACGCAUUCGGAACCAUAGAAGAGUGCACGAUACUGAGAGGACCAGACGGUGCCAGCAAAGGUUGCGCCUUUGUGAAAUUUACCUCGCAUCAAGAAGCUCAAGCUGCUAUAACAACUCUUCACGGUAGUCAAACUAUGCCGGGUGCGUCCUCUAGCUUAGUGGUAAAGUUUGCGGACACUGAGAAAGAGAGGCAACUCCGUCGUAUGCAGCAAAUGGCCGGUCAUAUGAACCUGCUGUCCCCGUUCGUCUUCAACCAGUUCGGACCGUACGGUGCCUACGCACAACAGCAACAAGCAGCACUGAUGGCCGCGGCCACCGCACAAGGAACCUACAUCAACCCGAUGGCCGCCCUGGCAACACAAAUACCUCAUGCGUUGAACGGUUCAGGACAACCCGUGAACGGUACCAUCCCAUCGCUACCCUCGCCAACGAUGCCAACCUUCAACAUGGCAGCACAAACGCCGAACGGGCAACCGGCCGGCUCCGAAGCGGUCUACACGAACGGAAUCCCUCAAACCUACCCGGGGCCCAUUUACGUAGAUGCGCUCCACCUGUCGAUACCGGCCCAAGGACUUCCAAAUGGGGACGCUGCCCUGCCGCAUGCGGCGUAUCCCGGCAUCCAGCCCUAUCCCGGUGUCGCCUACCCAGCCGUAUAUGGACAAUUUCCGCAAGCCAUACCACAACCGAUUGCCACCAUUGCACCAGCACAACGUGAAGGCUGCUCCAUAUCAGGCCCGGAAGGCUGCAACCUGUUUAUCUACCAUCUGCCACAGGAAUUCGGCGACGGAGAGCUGAUGCAGAUGUUUAUGCCCUUCGGUACUGUGAUAAGUUCGAAAGUCUUCAUCGAUCGGGCUACGAACCAGAGCAAAUGUUUCGGUUUUGUGUCAUUUGACAAUCCUGCCAGCGCUCAAGCUGCAAUCCAAGCCAUGAAUGGUUUUCAGAUUGGUAUGAAAAGACUGAAAGUUCAGCUGAAGAGACCAAAAGACGCCAACCGACCCUAUUAACAAUCAGAGAUCAAAAGCGCUUUAAAGAGUGCUUCUGCUGAAGCUUUAAAAUACGAAGUUAAUCCCUAGAAAAAACGAAACACUAUAUCAUCAAUUAAUGAAAAGUGAAAAAAAUGCAAAAAAAAUCAGAAAAUCCGAAAACCGUUUAAGAAAUACAGUAAACUGUCUACUGUAAGCUACUACCACACUGACAUGGCGCACUUUUGGAUGCUAUAAUCAUGCGAGAGGUAUUAACAUCGUCUCCCCUCUAAGAGCAACCAUUACAGUUACCAUCACCACCAACAGCAACCUUCUCAGCAAUCGUGCGGUAUGAAAGGCGCAGAACAAAGUCCAACUCUAGUCAAAAGCCACAAACCACAUAAAAGUCAUUAGAAAAGUUACCCCUCAACCAAACCCCCCACUCAUCGUGCUCAUUCUCCAUCGAAGGACAUCACCUCUCAGUCCCAACCCCCCAAAAGCCAUUUUUUUUAUCUAUGCACAAAGUUUUCAGUUUGAAAAGUCCUCCCGAAAACUGACAAACAGUGUGUGAUUAGAAUCAUUCUGUGAGAGCACGUGAAAUGAGCCUAGAACCGAACCCAUUGAAUAACACUUAAGAAAUGGAGAUAUCUCUCAGUUGAAAUCCUUCAUGCUAUGUAAAUUAAUAGAUAUAUGAUACAAAAAAACAUAUAUUAUAUAUACAAUUCCUAAGAAUAUUUAUACAUUAGGUCGUAACGAAGAGGCAGGAUUUAGGUGAGAUAGAAAGAGAGGGUUUUGUUUGGUUUGAACCAUUUUUAUCGUGCCAUUUCGGGGAAAGGACGCAACCAAAAACAGGAAGAUUAAAAGUAAAGUAAGUUUUUCGUUUUCACGUGCUAGACACGGAAGUUCGAGUUAGUCUUAGGAGAGCUGCGUACUAUUUGGCACACCCACACACGUAAAGCGGGAGAGGACUUUUCCUAUCAACAGGAUACUGUGCAAACUAAGAUCAUACACAUUAAAUUCAAUGAGGAAAAAUGGUAAAGGACUAUCGCGUAUGAGCAACUAAAUUUAAACCUAACCACUAGACCACUGAAGUUCUAUAUACAUUACUAAGCAAACAUACCAUUAUAUAGGAAGUUAGAUAAACAGAACUUAUAAAAAAGGAGUAUUUAAAUUUAAACUCACAGCACUAGCGACGUAAUAGAGCAAAUGAUUGGGGAUGACCUAAGUGGAAAAUUUGGACUGUGAACCGACAGAAGGACAAAGAAACGUGCUCUUUUACAGCGCAUGAGGGCGAAGCUAAAAAAAAGGACGGCCGUAAGCGAACGAAACGCCGGUAUGAAAUUGCCCAUUACUUAGUAUACUAGCUAGAAGUAAUUUACCUACAUUGAUAAAAUGAAGAAAAAGGACGCAUCUACUUACACCUUUACACACACAAAACAUACACACAUACCAAUGUCACAAUAUUUGCAUUGCACGGCAAAACGUAAAUAUUAAAGUAUGGGAUGAUACAAACCUAGUGAUCGAACAUUACCUAGAGAAAUGAAUUAGAAAUUUUUAGAGCUCAUAUUUGAAGCUCAGUUUUUAAUCUUAUACGUCUAACGACAUUGUAGAAUGCUUAAAGGUAGUUUGAUUGUUUUUAAGUUUCGGCUUUAUUUAUUCGCUGUUUGAUUAUCUUCACCAUUAGAGCAUCAUUUUACCUGUUUCAGUAUUAAUUUAUUCGAUUCUUAGACAUCUAACCAAGUUUAAUUUAAGUUAUUUGGUCCUAUCCCUAUCUUCCUUGUCAUCUCCGUCUCCGAUAAAAUAAUUUUGUGAUUUUUAAGUGCAAUAUCGUUUAACUGUUUUUCGACUUGUCUUCUUAGAAGAGCGAAUUUACUACUUAGUAAUAUAAAUUUGUUAGAAGCAUUAGAGUUGUAAUAAAUGAACUAGGUUUAAUUGACUAUAUUUGAUGAACAUACAAAUGAGAUAGUAAAGUUCAGCUUGCAACAAACCCAACUAAUAGAGACCCGUGAACUUCGCGUUAUAUGCUAAUUAACCACCAAAACAAGUAAUUGAACAAAACUACAUUCAUUCGAGAUGAAUCUACAGCUAAGUAAAGCCAAAAAAUGAGAUAAACUUGUAAAGAGAGGUUAAAAAUGCCAGAAAAAAAAACACGUUAGCGAAGAUUGAAAAAAUACCGCAAACAUGUAUUUACUAUGAAGAAAAUAAUCUAGUUCGAACUGAAUGCAAAAAUACGAAUAAAGUAAACCAAACUAGUCAAGUUAGAACCCGUAAAAUUAGGGCGCCUCUCCGUCUCCUUCCCAAAGUUUCAGUUUUUCCAGCAUCUGUCAACCCUUCUAUCUCUAGACCCGCAGGAAAAGGAACCGUGUAAGUUUAUGGUCAUUAGGUUUCCUCCCCGGCAAAGCGUGGCAUCAUCACAAGUCGCAGCUUUGGGAGAAUACAAUACAGAGAAUAGAGGUAGAGUUCUCCAGUCGCCAAGUUUUCUAUCCUAAAACCCCAACGCUGCACAGCAAAUAGCCCGUCCCGUUUGAUGACUGCUUCGGUUCUUAUUUUUUGUUUUAUAUCCAACCGUCAUGGCCGUAAGUCUUUCAUUUCGAAGGCGCUGGUAAGUGUGAUCUCAUAUCCAGUAGUGGCGGAAGGAAUUUUAUCCCCGAACCGAGAAGGAGCUCGCCAAGUCGGCUGCCGCUUUAGAUCGGGACUAUGUGUAUAUUAAAAUUUGCGCUGCAGGAUGGUGGGUUCCAUGGUGAGGAUAAUCUUUAUACUUUUAAUUAGAAAUGUGAGAGGAUUAAGUGUGGUUUAUGCAUCAAUAUGGAAGGUCUCGUCAGCGCACUGAGACGGUGUGAUUUUUUAUUUUUGGAAUUAAUAUCUUUUCGAAUGAGAGAUAAAGUUAUUGUAUUGAGGUGUUAUGUGUUGGAUUUAUGUUUCACCAGGACACAUCCAAUGCUUCAACAACGUUUUUUUUUUGUUAUAAAUAAUAUCUCAAAUUUAAUUACUCGAUUCAACAUUCGCUUGAAACUAAAUUGAUGAAAUUGAUAAAACAAUUUAUCUAAAUCCAAAUAUGUUAUAUUGGUACAUAUAGAACUUGUUCGGUAUUCCAAUUCGCAUGCUUAAUCAAUUAUUCAACUAAUUGCAUGUAUGUAAAGAUGGACAAAUUGUGAGUGUAAUUGUGAAGAAAAUAAAUCCACGUGUUCAGGUGGGAUUCGAAUCCAUUAAUCUUGUAUGCUAGAAGAGUAUUUUACCAACUAAUCUACUUAGUUAUGGAGUCAUGAAGUAACUCAGCAGCAAUUGGUGAAGCGGAGUCGUGGGUUCAAAUCACACAUGAGCACGUAUGUUUUUUAUCAUUUUUCCCAUAAUUUGUCAUCUACAUACGUGCAAUGAGUUAUUCAAUCCAAAUAUGGUGUUUCAAUGGUUACCACUGAAAAUCUGAGACCUCUGAAUAUGUUACACAACUCGAAUGUCGAGUCUUAACUAAACAAUUUGCUGUCAUGGUUACAAAUUUGAACAAAUGAUUUGAAUUCGAUAGGAGAAACACCACGAACACACACAAAGAAUUUGUUUACAGAUAGCUUUCCAUCACUUAACGUUAAUUUUGAUCAGAUGCAGAUACCACCGUAUAGCAGAUUUUAGAAACUCUUAACCCAGACCAUACUGGAGCACAACGCACAUAGAAGCGCAGAAAUUACUUUGUUGGAUUAGAUAUCAUUUAAACAUUAGGAGCGAGAAUCAAAUAAAAGUUACGCGCACAAUUUUUCAACGGUGAUAACGAAAAAGUGAAGCUUUCUUCCGAACCAAUGCUAUCUUCCCGUUGGUCAAAAUCGCAAUGAUCCCUCUGAAUUCACACAAAAGUAACACAACAAAUUAAAAAAAAAGAAAAACUAGGUAAUUCAACAAAUGGGCUGUGAUUUAAAUGUUUUAUUUGUGUGACAACUCGGACUAUUUUAACCUAUAACCACUAUCGACGCUGGCGAAGCUUUGUGUUCCGAACCUGUUUGAUCCGAAAACAUGAAUGUGUAUAAUCGAACGUCUGUAAAGCGAUGCUAGUGACACCUACAGUCUGCCCGCAGAAGCUGCCAAUCAAUUGUAAUCUAUGUACAGCUGUACAGGCCGUUGGAUGGUUUGGCAAAAUAUGAAAUCUGGCAUAGUUACUCGAUGAUUUUUCACAAAAAAGACAUAAAUAAAAGAAACACCAUUCUCGAUGUUUGCUUGUAAAACUGUCUGUUGAAAUCCAUCAACCUCAGUAAAACAAUAACCGAGAUGCGAUUGUUUAGUGGCACUAUUGUUCUCAGUGUUUCCGUUGUUGAUGUGCAACUCGAAGUUAAUUACUACUACCACGUGAUUAGAGCUGUCGAUGCUUAAUGAGCGAGUGGAAUUUGAAACAAACCAGUACCUUAACACCUAAUAAUUAGGAAAUAAUGCGAAAAACUUUAAGAAAUUUAUUUACAUCAAAUCAAUGUCGUAAUCUAACAAUAGUUGUCGAGGAGAUUGAUCGGGUUUCUUUCAUAAUUCCAUCAUCCACCGAGAGGGAAGGUACCAUUGGUUCAAAGUUUGAAGCUUCGUUUCUUACAGGGAAAAAGUCACCAUUUUUAUGAUAACGUCUUGUUCCUCUUCCAUCGAAUCCACCACCUGCAACCUAAACCCUAUUGCCAAACUUUAAUUCGAGCAUUUAGAUCGUGUAAAUACUGUACAUUCAUAUUCUCGUUAUAUAUAAUCUCUUUAAACCGAAAAAUACUAAACACUUAUACCUACUAGGAAUAGAAUACCACAUAAAAAUGGAAGGACGCGAAAGGAUAAAAGUUGAUUCAAUCAUAUCAGUUUGAAAAUAAUUAUUUUAACAAAACAAACAUACCUAAACCUAUACACAAAACAAAAAACACCGAUAUACUUAACGAAAAAAAAUCGCAUAUAUAGCAUAUAGUUUUGAACAAACAAGUAUAAAAAGAACAUGAAAGGACUACAGCCCAACGAAAGUGAACCCACCUUUUAACGAGCAUGCUUUUGAUUGGUUUGUCCCUUCCUCGUCCAAUCUCCAAACCCUGGAGUACCAUCCUACCCCCCCAUUUAUUCUUCCUUCAAUUGCUUUUCAGUUCCGAAAAUUGGUAUUUCAAACCAAUUCUGUUCAAUAAGCUCCGCUAUCAAUGGUAGAUUGUCCAGUAGACAGAGCUAAGUAGAUAAAAAUUCCUGUUAGUAGUUGAUUGCCCAUAGCUCGCUUAGUCACUGUAACCUGCUUCCGUUAACCUCCCCGUCCCAACCGUUCAGCCCUCCCCUCCUCCCCCUCUCUUAGUGCUGCUCUACAUUACAUAAAGCAUGAUUAAUCUCG